UCCAUGUGCCGCACUUGACUGACAUUCGUCGCCGCCGAGACCGCACCGCUCAUCUCCGCUCCGUUCUGCUCACGGUCCGUUCGCCGAGAGUCCGCCGCACAGUCGCAUCGAAGCCGCCGGGCGAAGCGGUACCAUUUAACGGCAUUUCCUAGUCCUACGCGCGCCCACUUUUCCGGCCUCUGUGCAAAGAAAUCCUCCACGUGCUCGAGCGCUCUGUCCACAUCCUUAUCGAAUUUCAAUUUCCUCGCAAGGAAAACCAAAAAAAGAAGCAAAAACCAAAAAUUGAAGAGCCUGUGACUUGUUUCUAUUUAGCAAAUAAAAGUCAAGCACCAUUAGACAUCCACACCAUCGCCCAGCGUGAGCCAUGCCAACACAAAACAGCGCGAUGUGGGGCCAGAAAAGUAAUCGCAAAUUAAUUAUCGGCGUUUUCGGCUUCUGCCUGGGACUGUUUGGCGUAUUGUGCGGCAUGUUCUGGAUGGAUCUGUUCGAUUGGAUCAUGCAGAAGGAAAUGGCUCUUGCCCCCGACACACGUGUCUACGACAAUUGGAAGAGCCCGCCCAUGGAUCUCAGUCUGGACAUCUACCUGUACAACUGGACGAAUCCGGAGGAGUUCGGCAACCUCUCCACAAAGCCCAUUCUGGAGCAGGUGGGUCCCUAUCGUUUUACCGAGCGACCCGAUAAGGUGGACAUCCACUGGCAUCCGGAAAACGCAUCCGUGAGCUAUCGCAGGCGCAGCCUGUUCUACUUCGAUGCGGCGGGCAGUAACGGAAGUCUGGACGAUGAGAUUACCACCCUCAAUGCUGUGGCCCUGUCCGCAGCCGCCACUGCCAAGCAUUGGCCCCCGGUUAAGCGCUCCUUUGUCGACGUGGGGCUGAAGAUGUACGGCGCCGAAAUGGCCGUCCAAAAGUCGAUCGACGAACUCCUCUUCACCGGGUACAAUGACGCCAUGAUCGACGUGGCCAUGGCCAUGCCCAUUUUUGGGGAUGAGGUGAAGGUUCCAUUCGAUAAGUUCGGUUGGUUCUACACGCGCAACGGCAGCGCCGAUCUCACCGGAGUUUUCAAUGUCUUCACGGGCGCAGAUCACUUGGGCAAGUUGGGUCAGAUGCACUCGUGGAAUUACCAGGAAAACACUGGCUUCUUUGAUUCCUACUGCGGAAUGACAAAUGGAUCCGCCGGCGAGUUCCAGCCCCAGCAUCUGAAGCCCGGCGAUAGUGUCGGUCUAUUCACGCCCGAUAUGUGCCGAACGAUUCCGCUGGAUUAUGUGGAAACCGUGGAUGUUGAAGGACUGGAGGGCUACAAAUUUUCAGGCGGACCGCGAUCUGUAGACAAUGGUACCCUGUAUCCCGAAAACCUUUGUUACUGUGGUGGCCAAUGUGUUCCCUCGGGUGUGAUGAACAUCAGUUCCUGCCGCUUCGGAUCUCCCGUGUUUAUGUCCUAUCCGCACUUCUUCAACGGCGAUCCCUACUACGUGGACCAGGUUGAGGGCUUGAGUCCCAACCAGAAGGAUCACGAGUUCUAUAUGGUUGUGCAGCCAAGUACUGGUAUUCCGCUGGAGGUGGCUGCCCGCUUUCAAGUCAAUAUGCUCGUGGAGCCAAUCCAAGGCAUCAGCUUAUACACGGGAAUACCAAGAACAUUUUUCCCACUCAUAUGGUUUGAGCAGAAGGUAAAAAUCACUCCAGAGAUGGCAGACCAACUGAAGGUGCUGCCCAUCGUGAUGCUGUCCGGACAAAUCUUCGCCGGAAUUUGUUUGGUCGUGGGCAUAACUCUCCUCUGCUGGACUCCGGUGCAGAGUCUAUUGGCUUCGUGUCGGCAUCGCAGAUACGAUCUGAAGACCAAAACCAAAUCGAAUGGCCAGUAUAAGAGUCGCUCGCAAUUCUCCAGUGCCGAGGAACUCAAGUCCAAGGCCUCUACUUUGGUCUGCGAAAAGAGUGCCAAAGGAUCUCCGGACAGUUCUCCGCUCCUCGAAAAAGGCCGGAAGGCAACCAUCAUCAAAUCGCAGACGGGUGAGAGUGUGGCCACUGCAUCCACGGCCAUCAGCGACAACAAGCAGGAUUGAACAGGACAGUCACAUCCACGCCAUCUAGAUAGUUAAGCCGUCCUAGUGCUUUAGUCGUAGUUCAUACUCGUAGUUUAGAGACACUGCAAAAAACACCCAACUGAAAAUUGCAAGCAUUCCCGUGCCUAUGCCAAAGAUUAGAUAGCCUCCGAAGUCGAGCCGUUUGGCGGUCUUCGCUUAGCUAACGAAUACUCUUUUUACAUUCCUUAGUUCUUAGAUAUGUUUUGUAUUAAAUUGAUUUCAAGACCAAUGGCUUUCGUGUCAAAUAAAAUCUCCAACUAAAAACAAA